AUGCAGAGGGACAUGGACUCACGGCCAGAGUUUGGCCGUUUUUGCGCCGUCGCCACGGGAAGCAUCACUUGGGAAGAGUACCAACGCGGUGAGACAGUCCCUCAGGGCUUCGUCACUGGCAUGUUCCUCCACCUCGUCAAGCAAGCAGAUAUCCUCUGCACAACACCGGCGCUGUCAUGUACUCUACCGUACAGGACCUGGAAAGAGGAGUCCGCAAAGGGCAUCGCCGUUGAUGAAGCCGGAAACAUCUCUCGACCGGACCUUUAUACUGCCUGGGGCAACACCCUCCUGCCUUGCCUCCUGAGUGGCGAUGAAAAACAGCUUCGCCCGAGCAUCAUGACGCUGAUUGACCACGAUGCCGACCACAAUGCCAUCAACCGCUUUGCUCCAGACGGCCUCAUAUCGCCACUCGAAUUCUUGACAGCCACAGGGUGGCCGAUAUAUCGUCUUCGCGUCCAAUUACGCAUGGCCCGAGGCCUUUUCGACAUGUGCCACCGCGAGGUUUACAACGACCUCCCUUUCACGUACGGCGUUGGCAGCAAUAUAGCGAGGCACGGGGUCGGCGUCACCUUGGAGAACUAUCUCGUCAGAAGAUUCCCGGGCCUGGCUCCGCCACCGCGUGGCAUGCUGAGCGAGGUCUUUGUGCACUGUCAAGGGACCGUCUGCAGCGUUCACGGACUCACCAAGUCAAAGAGGAAUAUGGACCAGGUUGACAAUGCCCUGGAUUUCCUCCGUGAUUUCGUACAGACCACCGCCAUCGACGCGUCCAGGCUGGCCAUCAUCACGCCAUAUAAAGCCAACGUGGAGUACAUUGCUCGUCGUCGUAGGGGCCCUCGAUAUGCCAUUCUCGCCGACAUGCGCCCUGCGGCGACCGUAGACUCGAGCCAAGGUAGCGAAGCUGACAUUAUUGUCGCCAUUUUCGGGACCACCAGCGCUGUCGGACCAGGCUUCACGGUGGACGAGCAUCGACUCAACGUCAUGCUCAGUCGCCAGAAGAGUGGUCUGCUCAUCUUUGGCGACAUCAACGUGAUGGGACAACCGAAUGUGCCUAUUAGAGGCAAGACGGUACGUUUGCCCAGAGGGCCCGAUGGAGAAGAGCGACUUAUGCAUGCCGGAAUGCUGGCCAAGGUGUUGCGCGACCUGUAUAAUCGUGGCCGGGUCGUGACUCUGCCUCCGAGGAGAGGUUCUAGGUAG